AUGAGUCAACGUUAUUCGUCUUCGGCAACGUCAACACCUCAACGACGACCAACAACACCAAGCACUAUUGCCCGAAAGUUCCUCUUCAUCGAUCCGAAAAGAAAAGCAUUAGCAUGCUUAGCAUUCGUCUCACUGUUGUCAGUGAUUGGCUCAUUUAUCACGCUCGAUGAUAACUACUAUCUCGUACAGAAACACAGUAUUCUCAAUCAAUAUGGUGUUAAGCUUGGUUGGAUGUGGACGUGCUUUGUUGUGGGACCGUUUAUAUGGUUUGCUUCAAGAGCGCAUCACAGAGACAAGGACAAGUCUAUCAUCGAUAUUUUGCGGCUUGCAGUGGCCACUGGAGUCUGGUAUAUUAGCGUGGGAGCGUGA